AUUGAAACCAUCUGUAUUGUGUCUGAUUGGCCGAAGAUUUCAAGCGCGUUCGAUGAUUGGCUACGAGGCCUGUCGUGAGACUGUUUUUUUUUGUUUUUUUGUCGCGAGACUGCUUUGCACCGGAAAUGAAAGCGAAGCUAGCGGACAACAUUGAAGAUAAAAUGUCCGGCAACGAUGGGCCAGCACCGGAGCCGUCUGGACUGGACGGUCUGCCGCCACUUUACAGCAUUUCCAAGGGAGAAGUGGUGUCAGUGCAGACUUAUGGAGCUUUUGUCCGCCUGCCAGGAUAUAAGAAGGAAGGUUUGGUGCAUGUCAGUGAAAUGUCGGCCACGCGUGUGGAGAGCGCCUCGGAGAUUGUGGACGUGGGAGAAAAGGUGUGGAUUAAAGUCAUCGGUAGAGAGAUUCAAGGAGACAAGAUCAAGCUAUCCUUCUCCAUGAAAGCUGUCAAUCAGGGCACGGGGCGGGACUUGGACCCCAACAACGUCAUGGCAGAGCAGGAAGCCAGGCGGCGAAGGCAAUUCCGAGACCACACGGGCAACAGGAUCACCCUGGAGGCGGUGCUAAACACCACGUGCACCAAGUGUGGUUGCAAAGGUCAUUUUACAAAGGACUGCUACUCUGCACCGGGAUUGCAGUACUCACUAGUGCCGGAAGAGGGCGACGAGGAGCCACGACAACAACAACAACAACAACUAACACCCACAGCUGCACCCAGAAAGGACAAAGACAGGAAGAAGAAGAAAAAGAAGGAGAAGAAAACGAAGAAGAAGAGGAAGCGGGAGAGGAAGGCAUCGGAUAGCGACGACGGCAGCAGCAGCAGCGACGGCGGCGAGUGCAAACCCAAACGGCGAUGCCGUGAGCACACCCGGGAGCGGGAGGAGAAGCAGCAGAAGAAGAAACACAAGAAGCACAAAUCUCACAAACACAGCUGAGAGGAUGUGUCCUGCUGGGACAACUUUGGACAGCCCCGGUCCACACUGGCUAUGUGUUCUUUAGCAGAGUUAGCUUAGCAUGGAGCAAGGAACUCAGCCAGGAAGUGGAUUCCCUGAACGUCCAUGAGGAAUGUGUGGAAAAGACAAAUGUCUCUCUUGGUUUUUUUGGGAAUGCGGCGUUUGGAAUGACGGCAGGAGAAGGUCUGCAUGCUUUCCACGGAUGGAUGUGCACGUGUUUUUCUCUUCCGAGUUGCUGCGGGUGAGGAUGGACAUGUGAUAAGUUGUUUGCAAACAUGUACGAUAUACCCCGGUCAUCAAUAAAACCUUUCUUCCAUGGCCGUGCCGCCACUUUCACUUCCGCUAUU